UUCUCUGCGUGUCUUAUCUCUCUCUCCCUCUCUCAAAGUUCACAACAAUCACUCAGUAACAGCUUCUACUGUUCUGCUAGGAGUACUACCACAUACAAAACAGCUCUCUUUUCCAAAACUCUCAGUUUCUUUUCCCACGCAGUUUCUUUUCUCAGAGAAACAUUUGUGGAUUGCCGGAAAUAGCAAAUUUGUCGGUUAAAACCAGUUGAGUUUUUUUUUAAGGAUUGAGGUUUCAGCUUACCUUUAGGUGAACCCAUUUUUGAGUUUUUGAUUCGGUCGACAUUUAUUCUCUUUCCUUUUCCGGCAAAAGCAAAAAUAUUUUGACACUCUCUCUUUUCCUUUUUUCCGCUUUGAAACUUUCCCAGAAAUUUCCCCCUCUUUUUCUUUAAUCUUUAUCACAUUUCAUUUCCUAUUUCUCUCUCUCUCUCUCUCUCUCUCAAAGACACACAGAGUCACGCUCACACUCUUUUUCUAAGCUCCUUUAUUUGUGCCAACUUUCCUUGAAAUUUCUCUUCCUUUCAUAAAACCCCUUUAAUUUGUUUCUUCCUUUUUGGGGUUCUUGAAUCAGUAUUAUUAUAAAUACCCAUUAAUGGUUUGAUUUCUCUCCGUUUCAAGCUUCUCUUUAACGUGUUCUCUCUCUCUCUCUCUCUCUCACCUUUCUUCUUUUAUACCCAUUUCUCUCUUUAUUCUCCUAAAGAAUCUCAAUUCUCAAAACCCCCACUUCUUUUCACUCACACACACGCUCUCUCUCUCUCUCUCUCUUUCACUCAUUCGAGCUUUCGCUUUCAAUGCUCUUAUGAGCGAAUCUUUAACCACCAUGAACCACCACUACCAAAACCACAGUGCUCAAGUGAAAUACACAGAGCACCGAGUCAAUAUCGCAAAGCUUCUCAAACCGGUUCAAAUUUCCGAAACUUCUUCUUCAACCGAAUUAAUGAAACAGCAGCAGCAACAACGACAACGCAGAGUUGUACGGAUUUCCGUUACUGACGGAAACGCCACCGACUCAUCCAGUGACGACGAAGACCAAGGACGCCAGCGAGUCAAGAGGUUCGUUAACGAGAUCACUAUCGAGUCGUCGUGUUCGACUCCUCCUCAACCCGAAAACGACACCGUUUGGAGGAAACGGUCUUGUAGUGGCAGAACAAAGAGUGCACGGAAAAAGUGUGCCUCUAAGGUCAGAGGAGUAACGAAGGUACCACCAACAACCACAACGACGACGACGGACAAGAAGUUCAGAGGAGUGAGGCAAAGGCCUUGGGGAAAAUGGGCGGCUGAGAUCAGAGACCCACUCCGCCGUGUACGGCUGUGGUUAGGCACGUACGACACGGCGGAAGAGGCAGCUAUGGUUUACGACAACGCGGCUAUUCAGCUGCGUGGACCCGACGCGCUCACCAACUUCACUUCUCCUCCGGCCAAGUCCUCGCCGGAAAGUCACAAGCCGGUGGUCCCAACCAGCUCCGGCGACGAGUCUCACAACAACAACAACAAGAACUCACCUACUACUGUGUUACUACAGUGUCCCUCACCUUCAAAUGAAGAAGCUGAUUCGUUGAUGAGGGAAACCCGAGAUAUCGGCGAUUUGCGAGAGGAGUCAUGUGUAUCGGAGAAUUUUUCGGAGUUUUCGGAGCAUUCGGGUUUUGAUUCUUUGAUACCGGACGAUAUUUUUGACUUCCGGAGUUCGGUACCGGAUUUAUUAUUCGACGAUACGAGUGUGAACGACAAUGUUUUUGCUGGAGAGGAUUUCGGUUUCGGAGAAAGCGAUAUGUUUAUGAGUUCAUGUGAGAAUUUCGGAUUCGGGUACUCGAGGUGGCAUGCGGAUGACUACUUCCAAGAUAUCGGCGAUAUAUUUGGGUCAGAUCCUCUUCUGGCUCUUUGAAAAAGACUAUGUAUCGGCGAUAUAUUUAGAAUGUCGCGGUUCCUGUGUUGCCAAAAAUCGGCAAUUUUUGUAUCGGUGGGAACGAGAUAUCGGAUGUACUUUUUUGUUA